UGCGCUCCCUUGGCCAGACCGUUUCUUCUUAUUGCUCGCCGUCGCUCGUUUCUUUCCUGCCUUUUUCCUUCUCCCUCGAUUUCUUCUCCUUUUCUGCCGGGUGUAUCUGGCUUCAGGAUCCAUACAUUCUUUUCUUAUCGGCAAUUUCCCCCCUUGGGUCUUUCGUGGGUCUGGAUUCGGUCCUCUUUCUCUCUUCUCGCUCCACCCCCUACCUUCGGUCGGUUCCCGUGGGAUGUCAUGAUUCUGUCGCUUCAGCUGUAACCCCAAUUGCACCCCGUCUGAACCGUCUCAUCCUCAUCCUCAGCACGCUGGUCCGUCAUGGGGGAUUCCCCGGAAACGGGCAGGGCGGGAAUGCAGCUGUCGUCGCCCGACCACCUCAUCCAUGCCCGCCCAUCGCCCCCGACCGAUCCUGAGCAGUCCAUCCAGCUUAAGCGGGCUUCUCUUCCACCUCGUCCACAUGGUGCCGCUCGUCACGCCAAACGACUGACCCUAAAUUUCCCGAUCAACAUCCCGCCGGCCGCUGCCUUCGAUUCCGGCGUGGCCUCCCCCGGAUCCAUGACGCCCGUGACUCGCUCCUCUGCCUUCCCCUCGCCGAUCCCCCAACUCGGGGCCCCGCUGGCUUUUGACGAAAAGGACGAUGGCUCGGGUCUGUUGACUGCGAUCGCUUCACAGGAAAGAAGGGUGCUGGAACUGCGGGAGGAGCUUCAUCGGGCGGAGACAGAGCUGGACUCUUUGAAGAAGCAGUGGGCCUCGACGGAAAAGACAAAGAAACGGACGGAGAUUAGUUAUCGGGCGGAGCCUUUGAUCCCUCUCCGAUCGCCCGAGCAAACCCCAGAGCGCUCCCAUCGCCGAGAGCCCAGUCUGAGUGGCUCUGCGAGUCCCUCGGUAGCGCACGCACGACUCAGCCGUGAGCUGGAGCGCCGCCACAGUCUGCGCACGGCGGCCACCCAGGGGACUACCGUCUCUGCAAAUGGACGGCGGGUCUUCCGCGGGUCGCAUACUCGGACCUUGUCUCUGCUCUCGCCGGCGUCGGUUUCAGGGGACAGCAAGGCCGGACUGGAGUUGGAGGCAGGCCCUGCGAAUGUUCGCAUUGGCCGGUCUCCCCGGUCAGCCACCUUGCCGUCGUCCGUCGAGCGCAGCGCGAUCUCCGGGAGUAGCGCGAAGCCCACCGAUGAUAUGAUCUCGCAGUGGCGGAACACCAUGCCGCCGCCGUCUCGAGACGCGCUGGUGCGCACCGGCAAGCAGAUGGCAUCGGACUUGCGAGAAGGGCUCUGGACGUUCCUGGAGGAUAUCCGACAAGCAACCGUGGGAGAAGAGGGCAUCAACGCGACCGAAUCCCGGGCGGUACCGCCCAUACGCAAGCGGGAUUCCAGCUCGACGUCGCGCCGCAGAGACCGGUUGUCCGUGCAAGGGGGCAGGUCGUCCCGGGCGGGGGCGAAACUUUCUGGUAAAGACUCCAAAUCGGCGGACAUAGACGCGUCGUUCUGGAGUGAAUUCGGCAUUGAUACACCUGGGCAGAAGUCCCGGAGCGCUCGCGGAGCCUCCAGUACCCCAAGCGGGCAGACCGAACAGGGCGACUCCCACCUCCCCGAUGUUGAAGACAACUGGGACUGGGACUCGCCGAAGAAGACACAUACGCCGUCGUCGAGCCGCUCCACGUUGGAGUCGAAGCAGGACCAGUCGCCGAUGACGCAGAGCAGCAGCCCACGCACAAGUACCAGCUUUGGCGACUGGCGCGCCCUUCACGAAAAUACUGUUCCUGAUCCCAGCGUUUCUGACGGCAUCCCCUGGCCUGCCAUCACCAAGCUGACGCCGUCAAAGCUGACCCGAACGGCCUCGAACCUGAUGGCGGAGUGGGAGCGGAGUCUUUCGCCGUCCCCGGACCGCAAGGAUAGCUAUUCGCCGAUUGACAAGGACGACAAGCGCGAUUGAUUGCCUAUUCUUUAUCUAAGCCGUUCGAUUACGGCUUUCGCUUCUCUUCCAAUGCUAUUGUAAAUAUGGACACGACAUGCGCGAUCUAUGGUUGAUUUUGGCCGAGCGUCUGAGCAGGCCGACGGAUUAACGCAGGGUUAUGAUUGUUGCAAUACCCUUUACGAUGAGCGUUGAUUUCACUCGUUAGAUUACUUUCUUGGAUGUUUUAUUGAUUGUCAGGCAGCUGACUUUGUAUACUGUCUGCUUUGUGACUUAAUGCGUAGUUCUGUAACGUAUCCGGUAAGCGAGCGCCGCAUCUCUACCCGAUUUUUAUAUAUAGGUGAAAUUCUAGGGCCAUUAUCAACAAAAUAAU